AUGAAGAUAGUCGCGAUCCUCACUUUGCUUUUGGCAAGCGGGUAUCGUGUUACAGCCAGCAAACCCACCUAUUUUGAUCCUCAACAUGUUACAGUGGACGGAGGCCCCAAAAUACCUACGACUUCGUACCGUGACUUCACCUUAAGCCCCAGCUCACCUUGGGCUACCCUAGACUACGGCGCUGAGGUAGCAGGCUUCCCCAGCUUCGAAAUUUCUGAUAUAUCCGGACCGACACAGAUCGAGGUCAAGUACAGUGAACUGUUUACAGGGCUGCUUGAGCCCUUCAGCGACGGUCCUAGCUUGUUCGUGUCCAGUCUCGCCAACUCCUUCCGAGUGGAAACGUUCAAUAUCACUCGAACUGGAAAGUUCAGUUCCAAACUUCUACAAGGAGGUCAGCGAUGGCAAAGCAUUCGCCUGCUCACUCACAGCACGGUGGAAUUCCGAUCGGUGUCCUUCAGGUCUUCAGUGGGUGUGGUGGAUACAGAGAACCUUCCCGGCACAUUCCACUCGUCAAACGAAAUCUACAACAAGAUUUGGUCUCUAGGUGCGCGGGCAGUCUCGAUGGCAUGCUUCGAUGCGGGGUCACAGAAGUCGACAUGGAAGAUCUCUCCCCAAGGGGCUAUGGUAUCAAGCAGCGUAUCUAGUUACUCUGCUUCGACCUAUAACCUCACCGAAUAUGAUUUGGAGUUCGAUGCGAGAAUUACUCGAGGGGGUUUUAUCUGGUCCACCGGCUACACUUUCGGCAUUCGACCAAAGGGAGGCAUUCUCAUCAAUUUGGCCAGCAACUACCCAGAACAGUCGACGUUCCUCAACACGAAUAAAACAUUGUUCCCACCAUCCACCAUCACUCUGGCGUAUGGAGUGAGCUUCGUCAACCAGACCACUUUGACCUCUUACGUUUUAGGUUCGUUCCCGAUUCCUUUCGACGUGCAAGAAGGUGUUUGGUACCGGAUCUCGACCACCGUCCGCUCCGGACAUCUGGUCGUUAGCUUGAACCAAAUCCAAAUAUUCAAUGUCUCUUUGUCUAGCUAUUAUGCCGGCGGGGCCUCGAUUACAACUUCAGGAGCAUUUGGAUUCGGCGCGUGGCAAGAUCAGUCUGCCCACAUCCGUAAAGUGAGCGCCCGAGAUACUACUGGCAAGCUUGUUUACCAGAAUCCUAUGACCGAUGCCGGGAUUGUUCUGCCAGAAUAUGGUGUGCAUGAAAACUACUUCCCGACUUGCGUGGAUGGCGCAAAACGGGAUCGAUUGGCUUGGCUUGGAGACUUUGUGCAUACCACCCGCAUCAUCGGAGUCACAACUAACCGCAGCGACCAUGUUACCGGUACUUUCUUGCAGCUCCUCAGCUAUCAACUUCCCACCGGUCAGCUGCCUAUGGCUCCGUCUCUUGGUUACUCGCCAGAAAUUGACCCUAAAGCGUUUGCGGUCAGCGGUAUCGCAUAUCUUCUGCCGGACUAUCAAAUCCUCGCUCUAAUGUCCUUUGCUUCGUAUAUGGAGUACUCCAGUGACACCACCUUCGCCCGGGAGCACUGGAGUUCGUGGAAGUCCGCGGUAGAUUGGCUUGCCUUGUAUCAGAGUAACUCUACUGGUCUCAUUGACUUUGCCGUCUUCGGAAAUGCCUUCCUAGGCCCCACCAGUGGCUCAGCCAUCAACGCUGCCUCCGUGGAAGCAUUCAGAGGAAUGGCCUCUGUUGCUACUGCUAUUGGAGAUACCUCAUCAGCCAAAAGAUGGACUACACUGGCUAAAUCCGUCAAAGCUGCUCUCAACGCCGCUCUGUGGAGUGAAGAAUAUGGCGUCUACUCUCUACAGGCAUCCGACCCAGGAAACUAUUCUAUUGCCGCACUUGGCUUUGCCAUUACCUCUAGCUCGGCCAAUAAUACCCAAAUUCAACGAGCACUAGCUCAUCUACCUACCCUCAAACUAGGACCGGGAUAUCGUGACUCUAGCAAAAUCGCCUCAUCCGACUCAACUGCCAACCUCUCACCGAACACGAAUGGAUUCCUCCUCUCGGCUCUUCUGCAGCAAAAGCAAGCAGCGCCCGCUGUAUUCUUACUCAAUAAUCUCUGGGGCGCGAUGAUUGCGAAUGAGUCAAGCAAUUCGGGUGCCAGCUGGGAGUAUGUCAGCCAGAAAUCCGAGCCAGGCUUAGGACAGUUCACCUCUCUGAGCCAUCCUUGGGGCGGAGCAGCGACAUACGCGCUUACGAACUAUGUGGCCGGCAUUCGGCCGACAAGCUUUGGCUAUCGCACUUGGAUUGUGGAGCCUGCUUAUGCAGGAUUUGGGCUAGACUAUAUGAAUGCCACAGUGCCGACUCCACACGGUAAUUUAAGCGUUGUGUGGACGGCAAAGGACUCGGUGGUUACUGUGGAAAUUCGUUCACCCGUUGGAACGACUGGACGACUUUCUCUAAGUAAGGAAUGGGCUUGUGAGGAGGGAUUCGUGCCAAAAGAUUGCGACAAGGGUGGAGGCACAAGAGAAAUUACCUAG